CUCUCAAACUCGUUUAACCCCGAUGGCCUGAGAUCGAGCGAGCUGGACCGUUGGCUUCAUGGACUUUUGAUCUUGGCCGGCUUUGAUCCGGCCCAAUAGAGAUCUCACCGUCCUGCCACUCCCUGCAGGCUUAUUACCUUCCCUGCUUCCACCGGCGAGCGGGACAUUUUCCCGGUGGCGUUCACGUUUAUAUGAUUUGGGAUGUUGCCCAGGGAGUUGUAACAGCUGUGUCAAGACACUUCCCUUCUUCAUCGUUUCCAGCUUCACAGCCCACCCAGUCAAGAUGGCGUACUUCAUCGACGGAAAGGAUUGCAUGAUAUCCGAAUGGAUUCUGCUGGCAGCAUCCUAUGUGUUCGUCGGCCUGCGGGUGUACACUCGCCUCUUCCGCUUGCGCGAGAAGCUGGCCUUGUCCGACUACCUCCUCAUUCUCUCGGCCUUCAAUGCCCUUGGCCUGAUCAUCUGCGACACCUUGACAUACCAGCUCGGUGUCAUGGAUAACUGGGAAUCCUCUGUUGCUCUGUCCAAGAUUUCCUUCGCCUCCAACUACUUCUACGAUGUAGGCAUGGGUUUUCCGAAGAUGAGCAUGCUGGCCUUCUACUGGGCCUACUUCCCCGCCGACACCAGCCCUACGAUGCGCAAGGCGUUGUGGGGUAUCACCGCCUUCGUCUGCCUUUCCUACAUGGCGAUCCUUUGGGACGACACAUUCUUCUGCGGCAAGGACGUCUCCGUCCAGUGGUCCCAAGAGGAUGGCGCCUGCAGUGUCUUCUACGCGCCUGAGCCCUUCAUUCUCAACUUCACUCUCAACCUAGCCUGCUACGUCUUUGUUUACGUACUUCCUCUCACCCUUCUGUUCCAGGGUGUUCUCCAGCCGUCCAAGGGUCUCACCGUCGCUUUCGUUCUUGGUCUCCUGACAAUCUUCACCACCAUCGUCCGCUUCAUCACUCUCAAGGUCGGCACGGGACAGGAAAAUCUUGUCUACCCUCUCAGCAUCCUCGAGAUGACCCUCGCCAUCACCGUCGUCGCUCUGCCUGGCCUGAAGCCUCUUCUGGAACGAUCAUCCAAGAGCCCCUCGUUCGAGACGGUCGAAGUCGAAAACCAGACGAAGAACUUCUCCUGAACAAGACACGCAAUUUGCGCACCUCUAUCUGUUGAUUCUAGUGAGCAGAAUACCACGCUAUUCACUGCACGCCGCGGUAGUAGAUCUAUGGCAUGUGUCAGGUUGCCUUUCACUACUUGAACCCUAGUAUAUGCAUGUACAUAUCUUAAGUCGAGGGCGACUUUUCAUGGCGAGGAAUACGCUGCCGUGAAGACUUCACAGUUAGACAGAAACCAUAAUGUCAACUAAUCCCACUGUCCGACAGGAUGUUCUCUAAACAGUUCAGCCCAUUCUCCAGGCUAACUAUGGUAAAUGACGCGCAGCGUACUCAACGCUGUUUGUCUUUGGAUGUGAGCGGUUGAUGUCCUUGUAAUUUU